AUGGGUGGCCGAACUUUUCCUGACCUUCAUGUCCCUCGUAUGAACCGCCAGGUCUACGAAAAGGUCAAACAAACUGCCAUGAAGAUCUUGUCGAAACGGUUUGUCAACACCACCACCAUACCCGAGGCUCCUGAAAAACUGGAUUUUGGUGAUGUCGACUUCGUCAUCGAAUUAUCACCGUCUACGCCGUUGCCCCUUCAGCAAGUGGCUCUCGAUCUGGGAGCAAAAACCGUCAAAAAUAACCAUCCAACCUACUCUUUUGCUGUCCCUCAUGAGAACACGGAUGCAGGAGUCCAAGCUUUCGCCCAAGUCGAUAUUCAGGUCUGCCCCCCAGGUGAUCUCGCGUGGACAACAUUCCUGCAUGGCUAUGGCGACCUUGGCUCUAUACUCGGUACCUUCAACCACGGGAAUGGCUUUACGUCUAAGAACGACGGAUUCUUUGUCCGCAUCAAAGAACAAGAGGCACAGAAUUGGUCUGCAAGCCAGGUCUUCUUGAGCAAGAACCCAGACUUGGUCAUGGAUUUUCUGGGCCUCGACAAGCACAAAUUUUACCGCGGCUUUGAGUCGGAACGCCAACUCUUUGAUUGGGCCGUGAGCUCCAGACUCUUCAAUCGCAAGUUGAUUGAGAAGAGAAGAGACAAUUCUGAAAUGCGAAGUCGAAUGGAGAAACGUCCAAUGUUCCGCCGCUUCAUGUCUCAAUACCUGCCGUCUAUGCCAGAUGUCGUUGCUGGCCCUCUCGAGACGCGAGACGCUCAUACCGACGCCGCCUUGGUGUUCUUCAACAAAGCAGAUGACUUCAACAGUCGUCGCGCCAAGGUACUCAUUGGAAACGCAGAAGACCAUGCAUGGUACAUAAUCAAGACUACAGUACUCACACCACUCGCCAAGCUAGAGGCGAAGAGAUUAAAUGAGGUUGUGAGAGCCCUCAAAAGGUUCGUUGGCUUCAAGGGUGGUGAGCCGUACAUUUGCGACGAGCCAGAGAUGGAUGCUGAGUGUCAAGCUCGUUUCGCGUUUUACAUUACUCAAGCAGAUGAGGUGAUGCCUAAGUUGCGUGACUGGGUUCUUCGAAACUGGGAAGAGGUCAAGAGACGGGAAAGACAGAGAGCCAAAGGUAGUAGAAGAGCAGAGGCUCAGAAAGGAUGA